AUGAUCAAUUAUCAUGACAAUACAAAUUCAACAUGGUUACAGUGUGCAGAAUUUCAAUCACUGGUUGAAAUAGAAGAAAAUCAAUAUACUAAGGUUACUUCUUUUGACAAAUGUAUUUGUAUUAAUGAAGAUAUUAAAAAUGAUAAUAUAUUUUAUCAUAAAUCAUUAACACCUUUAUAUCCGAUAUCUGUUACUAAUACUCCAGAAUAUUCAUUAUUGAAUAAUAUCAUGCAACCUAAUGAUGAUUCUAACGAAUUUUCUGUGAAUCCUAAAGAAUGGUUAAUAAUAGAUCCAACUUCUAGAAGACGACGAGCUCCACGACAAAAUGAAUUUCUAUAUCUUCUUUUAGACCGUCCAUAUUAUUCAUCAUAUCUAACAUGGUUAAAUAAAAAUGAAGGUUUAUUUAAAAUUCAUGCUCCCGAACAAGUAGCUAAACUUUGGUCAAAAGUUAAAAAUCGAAAAACAAAUGGAACUAUGAAUUAUGAUAAAUUUGCACGUGGACUACGGUUUUAUUAUAAAUCUGGAUCAAUGAUUAAAACACAUAAAAAACAUACAUUUCGUUUUAAAAUACCUAUAAAUAGUAUAUUAUAA